UGCAUUUUUUACAUCUUGCCAAGCACAACACUGGAGAUGGUGUCCUUUUUUUUAUUUCAGCUGGUGGCAUAAUACCCAGAGGCGGUAUGGCCUCUCUGAUCCUCUCUGAUAUUCUAGUUAAUGUUAUAUCUCUAACAGACAUGACCAAAAGUAAAUUACUGUUGACAACUUUCAGUUAAAAUGUGAAAUCACUGGACCAGAAGAAUUAAUUGCUUGUCUGCCUGGCUCUGUUGACAAGCAUUUCCAAGAUUUACUUUCCCGGGGACUUGGUGUUAAACUGAGACACAGGGCAGGUCCAAGGAAACUCCUGAAACACAGAGCUUUUAGCAAAUUCGGGGAAAAUUUUACGGCCCUGCAGAGUUUCCUUCAAGAGCAAAGAUUGGAUGAUGGAUUCUUAAGUGACUAUGCCAAAGAUAAUAACAAAGAAAUAGUAGGAGAUCCUUUGAAUGAGAAUUGCAUGUUUAAUGCAUUGGCUGAUCAAUUAGUAGAACAUCUUAGCUUGCGGACAACAGGACAAAAGUUUCGAGAAGAAAUUGUUAAGCAUCUGAGAAACAAUCCAAAAAAGAUGGUAUGUCACUGGUGCAUUUCCUGGAUGAUGACGACCCUUCCUGGAGGAAAUACAAAGAACAAAAAGCACAUAUCUUCCGAAAGACUGCAACCGAGGACUGGCACACCAAACAAAACCAGCUGUGCCAAAUUAAGUGGAGGUGGUACCUUCGUCACAUGAGCCACAGUGACACGCAGGGAGAUGCUUUAAUUCUGUGGGCAGCAGCACAGCUGUAUGAAGUAGACAUCAGGAUUAUUGCAGACGAUGGAAAUCAUUUUGUUAUACACACUGAAGCAGAGUUCCCGCAAGCAGAGCUUCUCCUUGGUUACUUUCAAAAUCUAAGAUUUGUCAGCUUGUGUGAUAUUGCAGUGACAGAAGUGCUCAAUGCAGACCAGGUGCCAACUGGUGAAGUACUGUUGGCGCUACUGACACCUGCUAUUCCAAUUUUUUUGGAAAAUGCAGAGGAAAUGAUUGAAGUUCAAACUGAAACUAAUGUACAUCAUGCUGAAGUUACUGACGACUCAACCAAAAAAUAAUAUGGUACAUCGACCCUUGUGUCUAACUCUGGAUGGGGGAGGAUGUGGGGUCAACUCGGUCUGGAUUCGAUUCCAACCAUAUAAACGAGUACAAAUGCACUUGUUUGGUCAUAAGAGAGUGGGCUGACCACUCGGAUGUUUAAAAUUUCAGCUUCAGUGGUUUUGUGAUCAGCUGUUACAAAAUCAUGUGUUUUUUCUGUCUUGUGAUUGGUGUGAAUCAAUCAGAAAGUAUGAAUAAAGCAUUAAUCAGGUUCAAUAUAUGGUGAUUGAUUAAGCCUAUUUAAGGUAGUCACCAAAUC